CGAGGACAUUCUGCUCGCUAGUCUUCACAGCGUGCACAUCCCUCCCACUCCACAGCAAGCACCACCGAAUGUUCCAAUAGUCCUGCAACUCAACUAUUUCACCUAAUACAUUCCCACUGUCCCUGACUCUCGACAUGAACGACGUGCCCCUCUCGCGACACCAUGCAGGCUGGACAGCCUACGAUUCCCGCGACGAAAAGCGCCUCGGACAGGACCCAAACUGGCUGGCCAGCUUUGCUCCUUCGUCUUAUCGCCAGGCACUCCCUGUCUACAGUGACGCCGGGCGGUCAUCAUCCCCGUUAUAUCGGUUGCGAAAAGCCAUCGCCCGCAAGCUUGCUCUCCUAAACCGCAGUGCAUACCCUCCCCGCAGAUCCAUGCUCACAAGGCAGCAGCCAGCGAACGCUUCGUGGAUGGCGCUCCCCAGCGCAGACACACUACGCUUCGUACUCCUCUGCGUCCUCUGGUACUCUUCCUCUGCGCUUUCCUCCAAUACAGGGAAGGUUAUCCUGAACCAAUUCAAGUACCCGGUCACCCUCACUUUCAUCCAGUUUGGCUUUGUGGCCUUGUUCUGUCUGCUCUUCAUGAGUCCGGCAGUGCGGUUCAGCAGACUCCGACAGCCGACCAAGGCAAUCCUACGCGACACACUCCCUAUGGGCUGCUUCCAGGUCGGUGGGCACAUCUUCUCGAGUAUGGCAAUUUCUCGUAUCCCCGUUAGCACUGUCCACACUAUCAAGGCGCUUUCACCGCUGUUCACCGUCGCGACAUACGCGCUUUUGUUCGGCGUAUCCUACAGUCCGCGAACGUAUAUCUCUCUAAUCCCGCUUACAAUCGGCGUUAUGCUGGCAUGCAGCUUCGAUGUCUCAGUAUCAAACGCCGUUGGCCUUCUCUGCGCGUUCGGUUCCGCCCUCGUAUUCGUAUCAUCCAACAUUUUCUUCAAGAAGAUAAUGCCGUCAACGGGGUCCCAUGGCGCGGGAUCUGGCGCCGCGCACAAGCUCGAUAAAGUCAACUUGCUCUUCUAUUCGUCAAGUAUGGCGUUCAUCCUCAUGGUUCCUAUCUGGCUAUGGACAGACCUGCCACGGUUGCUCUCGUCACCCUCCACGCACGUUGCCCAUCCGUCUCAUCCUGUGCCUGCGCACAACAGUAUCACCUUGUACUUCCUUGCGAACGGCACUGUGCACUUCCUGCAGAACGUGCUCGCUUUCGUCAUAUUAGCGCGCACCUCUCCAGUCACGUACAGUAUCGCGUCGUUGGUCAAGCGCGUUGCGGUUAUCUGUGCCGCCGUCGUCUGGUUUGCACAGCGCGUACAUCCGGUGCAGGGCUUGGGCAUUUGCAUGACUUUUGGCGGGCUCUACUUGUACAACAAGGCGGUCAAGAAAGGAGACGUGGAUAGAGGGGAGAGGAAGGUUCGGCGGAUCGAGAAGGCGUGGGAGGGAGAGCUGCCGCUCUCAAAGGACGAGGUGGACAGCGAGACGGAGCGUAUGGAAGUCGUCCCGGCACAGGUGCAGGUGCAGCAGGUGCAGCAGGUGAAUGCCCACGCGCGCUCACAUCCGCCGACCCGGCCGCCGUUCUCGACGUCAUACUCGCAGGCGCAUCCACACGGCCACCCAAACUUGCACAUCACCAUCGACCCGCGCACACCCAUUCACGCUAAGCACGAGGAGCGCGGGCGCGAUACGUUACCGACGCAGUCAUACCCGUCGCCACCGUCAUCGCUCGACUCGCCGCCGGCGAGCAGCGCGCUCGAGCAGCACGCUUGGCCAGUGAAGAAGCGGCGAGGCACAAUUAAUUACGGGUACAGCCACGGUCACGGGCAUGGAAGCGAAGUGAGCGCGAGCACGAACUUUGCAGAGCAGCCCCUCGUGGCGGCUGUGGCUGCGUGAGGACGUCAUUCGGACUUUCGCACGGACGCGUACCUUAUCCUAUGUAUGACGGCAAGGUGCUGUGAUACCCGUUUCUUGGGUUUUGUAGCACUCUUGGCUUACGCUUUAUCUCUUUCAAUACUUUCGCUGCUGCUGUCUCUUUGCUUAUUAUCCGCACAUAGACUUUUCAUCCUCCAACAAGUGAAAUAUAUCGAGAAUAAUUAUGGAUGGCUUUGCGCUA